CUCGACCCAGCUACCAUCCAAGGAGUAAAAAACUCUGAAAAUACUCCAUACCAUCCUCCAUUUUCGAGCUCAACACAAAGAAGUCUAAGGAGGAAGACUUAAGGAAGAAAAAGUGAGGAAAAAGUGUGGUGAUUAAGGAGCAUAAAUAAAGUGUUUCUAGAGUUCGCCGGAGUUUCGCCGGAGUUUCGCCGGAGUCCGACCGAGGAGCGUAGAACGGGCUAAAGCUCAUUUAAGGUAUGGAGGCUCUCUUCGCAAUGAAAAAGAAGAAGGAGAGGGCGCAGGCCCAGAAGAAGGAGAAGAAGGAGCCCUCGGGUCAAAAGCCCAUUGAUGAGGUUUUCCCGAAGGAGGCUGUGGAGCCUUCAGUUGCUGCUGCUCCCGCUACUGUGGCCGGGGGGCCGAAGGCCGAUGUGGCAGCCAAGAAGAAAAAGGGAGGCAAGGGGGUGGAGCCCCCGAUCAAGAACCAGAAGGUUGUUGGGGGCGCCGUUGAAAAGGCGGCCCCCCUCAUAGUAAUCGAUGAUCAGCCCUCCGCUGACACCCCGGCCAUUGACACUCUGGCUCAAACAGACCUUCCCCCGGGGAACCUGCCUCGGGAGAUUAUUCAGCUCUCCCUCGCUCCGGGGGCAUCUGUGUUGCAC